AUGGAUUAUUUAUAUUAUUUUUGUGUUUUUGUCAUUGGUGUUUCACUUUUAUAUAUUAUUCAACAUUUUUAUAUAGUUAUAUAUAACAACACCAACAACACCAACAACACCAACAACACCAACAACUCCAACGCCAACAACAACGCCAACGCCAACGUCAAUGCUGAUGCCAACGCCUACGCCAACGCCUACGCUAACUCCAACGCCAACUCCAACGCCAACUCCAACGCUAAUGCCAAUGCUGAUGCCAACGCCAACGCCAACGCCAAUGCUGAUGCCAACUCCAACGCUAAUGCCAAUGCUGAUGCCAACUCCAACGCCAACGCCAACUCCAAUGCUGAUGUCAACUCCAACUCCAACACCAAUGCUGAUGCCAACGCCAUCUGUACAGCUUUCUUAGAACAAGACCUCCUAAGACAACAAGUACAACAACAACAACAACAACACCCAGAGCCACAGCCACAGCCAAAACCUAAAAACACUGGACCAAUCCCUGGUUAUAGAAUGCUAUUUAAAGCUAUGGAAGAGUACGAGCGCCAACAACAAGAACAAGAAUCAGAACCAGAACCAGAACCAGAAUCAGUACCACAAUCACAACCAAAACACACUGGAUCAACCCCUGGUUAUAGAUCACUCUUUAAAGCUAUGUAUGAAUUCGAGAAACAACAACAGGAAUUAGAACCAGAACCAGAACAAGAAUUAGAGCCAGAGCCAGAGCCAGAGCCAGAAUCAGAAUCAGAACCAGAGCCAGAGCCAGAGCCAGAGCCAGAGCCAGAGCCAGAGCCAGAGCCAGAGCCAGAAUCAGAAUCAGAGCCAGAGCCAGAGCCAGAGCCAGAGCCAGAGCCAGAGCCAGAAUCAGAAUCAGAGCCAGAGCCAGAGCCAGAGCCAGAACCAAAGCCAGAACCAAUUUACCCAACAUUCAACCCAUCUCACUCACGUUAUGCUGCUACCACCACUGCCACUGCCGCAACAACAACCAAUCAAUUAUCUACAAAACCACGCUCACGCGCACAACAACGUUCACGUCCACAACCACUUCCACGUCCAAAUCCACGUCCAAGUCCACGUCCAUGUCCACGUCCACGUCCAUGUCCACCUCCACAACCACGCUCACGCCCACAACACAAUUCCCCAAGAGCACGUUCAAAUAGAUAUCCAACAUUAAAUAGAGAGCAUUCACGUUAUAAUGCCGUUGGUAAUUCUCAAUCAUUCAAUGUUCCACAACAAUGCCCACAACAACCACAACAACAAUUUACACCAUCAAGGGCAAAUUCCAAUUACCCAGCAUUUAAUAGUGCUCAUUCUCGUUUCAAUACUGCAGGUGAACCAUCAAGUAUUCCAGCAACCAACCAACAAAGUGCACACCAAUCAGAAUACCCAUCAUUCAAUAUAGAGGGUCAAGCAGAGAAAUCAAUUUAUGAUGUUAUAUCAGAUGAUAAUUCCGAUGAAGAUUCCGAUGAUGAUUCAAAUAAUGGUGGCAACAACAAUGAUAAUAGAUCAGACUCUAAUUCCCACGCUGAUCAUAAUGAUAAUUACGACUCUGGAUUCGUUCACAACAACGAUAACGAAUAUGGUUUCAAUCCUGAUGACUACCUUCCAGAUGAAUAUUUUAUCAAUAACGACAACCAUUUAUUUGAUGAUUCAAAUCCAGAAGAAUCUGUUGACUAUAUGAAUCUCAAUUAA